GUGAUGCUACUGCAGAGGAUUCCGGAGCGCGAGCUCGGAACGCAGCGGGAGAGAAGUAACCACUCCCCCUCUUCUCCUCUUUACUUCAAGUAACGGCAGGUUGUGCCGGUGGAGUAAACCGCAGCCCAACAUGAUCCCCUCCGAUUGAUGCGCAAACACGUCAAGUGUUUUGCCAAGCAGCUGAUCGGCUUUCAUCAGUUAAAGCCAUGCCUGACAAGUAAAGAUCCCUACUUGCUCAAGGCAAUAAAACAUUUUUUUAAAAACAGCCCCCUACAUGUCUCUGCAAGUAGACUCCCUCUUGUCCGUCCUGCUGGAGUAAAUCCCCACCUUCCAGAUAGGCCCUACUGCCCUCUCUCCACCGCCCCACUACUGCCCCUCCACAUCCACCUGUCACAAUGCCGCUCCACCUCAGAAUGGUCAACACCUAAAGAUUCCCAUGCGUCCAGUGAGCGACGGUCCUGCUCCUGUAAGCUUCUCGCGCCCCCACCCCCCAGUUGGCCCCCUGCCCACCUCUGAGAUGUCCCUGCUCCACUCGCUGGGCCCAGUGCAGAGCUGGUUGGGCCAGGAGCUGGAGAAGUGCGGGAUCGAUGCCAUGAUCUACACCCGCUACGUCCUCAGCCUGCUCCUGCACGACAGUUACGACCUGCAGGAUCAGGAAAAUGACAUCUUGGGCUGGGAGAAGGGAACUGGGAAGAAAUGGGGCAAGAGUAAGAAGAAAGGAGGAGGGACGGACCUAAGUCUGGAGGAGAUAAAGAAGCAAGCCGCUGUGCAGUGCCUGCGUUCAGCAUCCGAUGAAAACUCUGGAAUUGAGAGCCUGGUCGAGGAGCUUUGCUCCAAACUCAAGGACAUCCAAAACAAACAGAAAGAAGAAAAACUGCUCAACAAAUCUUAUGGAUCUCAGUCUCCUGAACAAGUUGAGUCCUCUUCCUCAAAGGACCAAGUGGAAAUGUAUUACGAAGCCUUUCCUCCUUUGUCAGAGGGAACUGUUUGUCUCCAAGAGAUCAUGACGGUGUGGAACAAAGCUAAAGCCAGUGCUUACUCUGGCUCAUCAUCCUCUGCAGCCCCGCAGACCAGCACUGACACCUCCUCCCCAAAAGAUUGCAACAGCGAUGGUGAAGCUGCUAAUGAGAGAACCCCUGAGGCAUGCUGCACUACCACUAACCCAACCAGCGAGAGAGCCCAACAGCGACGCAGCAAGAAGGAGAAAGAGAACCGAUACCAUGGUGGCGCAACAGCGGAGGACCGAGCUGCCUAUCACAGCAAGAGGCAGGCGAGGCACAGGUCAGAGGGCAAGUAUCGGCCUCGCUCCUGGUCCUCUGGCUCUAGUGAGGCUGGCUCGAGCUCCAGCGGGAACCCAGGCGAUUCCAAAAUCUCCAGCAGGAAAGCAGUCAGAAUCAGGCACAAGUCCAAGGAGGCGGGCAGCAGGAGUAAGAGGGGGCGCAACAGAGGACAAGUGAAACUGGCUCUGCAGGCCAUUGACAAAGAGGGGCGCAGGAAUGCUGGAGGCAGCAGCAGCACCACCACUGGAGGCCCUGCAAGGCAAACACAGCCUUACAAAAAGGGGAACAGGCCGCUGAAGGAGAUUCGAAAAUAUCCAGGUUGGGGGGAGGCAAAGGAGUCCGGAGCUGAGGCCAGCAACAAAAAGGAGUACAUGGAAGAGCCCCUGUGGUACACAGAGCCCAUCACAGAGUAUUUUGUACCUUUCAGUAGCAGAAAGAGCAAACUGGAAACAAAGUACCGGAGUAAGGUGGACUCUCCAGACGACUCGACUAUGUCCGCCAACUUUGAAGGGCUGUCUGAAAGAAUGCAAGGCAUCUACAUUGCCAACGCAAGCUUCCAGAGGGCGUAUCUGGCAGCGGGAACCUUUGUGGAUGGGCACUUUGUUGAGGUGCCAGGCGACUCGAAUGAGGAGGCUAACGACCUCAAUGGGACCUCAAGCUUCCCUCCGCCUGAGGAUAGUAGAGAUUUAGAUGAUGACCAUCUGUCUGAAUUCACUCACUUCUAUGAAGUUGAUAUUUAUCAAUCCAUAUUGGAUCCUAGUGCCUCAGACUCAGUACAAGAGAGUCGGAUCUUGAGCAUGAUUCGACAGAAGAGCGAAGAACAAAGAGACUUUGAGACAGAAUGUUGUUUAGUGUUAGAUGGCCUUGAGCUGCAAGGGGAAAGUGCAAUAAGGGUGGGCUGUCUGGAUGCUUUGGGAGAUGAUGGGUUCCUCAUGCAGGAUUUGGAAAACAUGGCUCAGGUCUGGGGAUGUUAUUCAUCCUCUAGCUCUGAAGAUAAAGAUGGAGAAAGCUUUAGAGGGGACUCUCCCGUUCAGCUCUCCCCCGCUUUGGACGGUGUUACAUUCACCAUCAGCACGCUGCCUGGAAACCUGGAGGAGCCUCAUCUCCCAGAAGCCACGAGCGAAGCGUCUGGUCUGAACAACUCGUGCUUGUCUCUUUUUGAGCUGCAGUACGAUAGCCUCACUCUUUCUUUUCCCUGCGACUCACUCACCGUUGGUCAAGAAAACAACACAGAUUCAAGUAGCUGUCUAGAACCACAUUGUAACAAGCAGUCUCGUUUGCUAAUUUGGACCAAAAAUAGUGCCUUCGAUGAAACUGAACAUUGUUCAAACCUUUCAACCCGAACCUGCAGUCCAUGGUCGCAUUCGGAAGAGACACGUUCAGACAAUGAGCAAAUAAACGUUCAUACAGAGGAGUCUGCUCUAAUUGGCAAUGAAGAGAUUAAUUGUAUAAUCCUCCCCAUCUCUGGUACAUACCUAGAGGAAGAAAUCCUGGACUUUUUACAAGAAGACACCAGUCGUCAGUGCGAUGAGGCCAAUGUAGGCACAGUGUCCAAUCCGACCUUCGCAAAGAAAUCUAAAUUGGAGUCCAUUUGUGGAAUAGCGUUAGAACAGUACGACGCUGCCAUGUUUUCGCAUGACACAAACCAACAGUGUGACAACUACAGCUCAGGGAUAAUAAAGGACAUUUGGACAGCUAUCGGAGAUGGAGAUCCUGAACUAUCACUAGGAGGAGAGAAGCCAGGCGAGGACUUGUUCUCCAAAGAGUCGAGCAGCUACCACUGCGGUUGUCUUGACGUGCAGGUUAAGGAAGUUGGUCCCAUCCAGGGGCCUCUGAAGAAGGCAGUGCAGCACUCUGAGUACCACCUGUGGGAAGGCAAGAAUGAAGAGCAGGCCCUCCUGGCCAAAAAUGAACUCUCGAAGAUGAAUGCUUCCGGGGAUUACAUGACGCCGUCCAAGCCCUGGGACGUGAACCCUGAGAAAGACAACACUUCGUUCAUCCUGGGAGGAGUGUACGGAGAGCUGAAGACAUUCAGUGGUGAUCAGGACUGGGCCGUGGUGCCGCCUGGCGACGCGAGAGGCAGCCUGCUACAGUGUGCCGCUGCUGCCGCCUCUGGCUCAGACGUGGUCACCAUUGCUGGUACAGACGUGUUCAUGAAUACGGGCAGCUGCUUUGCCCCUGGCCAUAAACCCUUCUGGAGGCCCCUGGUCUCCUUCGGGCAGAGCGACCAGGCUACUAAAGGAGGUGGGGAAGGUUUGCAUAAGGGAUUUUCUUUAAUCUUCCAUGAAGAUUUACUCGGAUCCUGUGCAGGCUUCCAAGGCGAGGAGCCAGGGCUCGACAACCCGUUUGCGUCCUUCGAUCUGAACAAUCAGUUCUCUCAAGUCCUCCACGUAGAGUGCUCCUUCGAGCCUGAGGACAUGUCUUCGUUCAGCCCGGGGUUCAAGCCCAAGUCUAUAUUGUGCUCGGACUCUGAGAACGACGCUUUCCACCCACGGCUAUACGGCAUCAACCAGACCACCCAGUACAGGGCCAUCCGCAUCUCCCCCAGGACUCACUUCCGACCCAUAUCCGCCUCAGAGCUGUCGCCCGGUGGAGGAAGCGAGUCGGAGGCUGAUUCCGAGAAAGAAGAGAAGAGUGUUCCAUUCCUGGCCCUGCCAGAUCUCUUCGAUGACCCUCAGGCCGACCUCAAGCCGCUGGAGGAGGACGCAGAAAAUGAGGGCCCCUGCUACGGGAAGUCAGAACUGGAAUCUGGUAAAUUCCUGCCCAGAUUGAAGAAGUCUGGCAUGGAGAAGAGUGCCCAGACCUCACUGGAUUCUCAGGAGGGCUCCAGCACCCUUCUGCCAAUCGCUGAGCAAGAGAUCUGCUUAGACUGCGAAAUGGCGGCCGCAGCAGGAGCAGCAACAUUGAUGGCAAGCGGACGGAUGGACGUCCCAGUCAAUCAGAUUCAGAAGGAAGAAUCUUGCAGAGAGAAGGAAGCCUGCAAAUGUGCAGCGGCUGGUCAGUGUCCCACAUAUGGGAAAACCUAUGACUUCAUUGAAGAUUUGCAUGAGUUCCCUCUAUUAAAUAUUAGUGGACAGGGAGGAACUGGCAGCCAGCAAGAUGAGUGCUGGUGGCAGAACACACUCUGUUCCCCCCUUUUCCCCGGAUCUCAGUGUACAGGGAGCAGCAACAUCUGAUAACUCUAGCUCUGUGGAGUGUAAGCCUAUUGUCGAGAGGAUAUAACCUCUUCUCGUUUGACUGCACCUCUACUAGCAGAUAUAGGGGAGACCUCAGGACCGGGAAACCAAAAGCUUCUGGACAGAGGAACCCCCCCACAUCCCAACCCUGCUGAUUUUCAUUUACUAACUUGAAUCGUAUGUAAUCAACAACCACAACAAAAGAGUGAAAAUAUGAAAAAAAAGAAGAAAAAAAAUGUUCUACAUGUCUUUGUGAUGCAAGAUCUGAAUACAUGCAUACAUAGAUUUUGCUUUAGUUGAUUCUUCCAGACAUGAAUAAUCUUCAUUAGUCACAGUUAGAUAUAAGGGACUAUCUUGUUUUUCCUUCCAUCGGUUUUUCCAGCUUUCUUUUUGCUUUUAAACUAGGAUACUGGUAGUUGUGUCCAAAUUGUUGUGCCUGUCCUACUAGUCUCACUCCUUCUUUUCUAGUGUAACUGCUACAAUUUCCAUGAACCAACUGUGAUGUCGCUCUUCAUAACGUAGUAUGAAAGCACCGCGAUUGCAUCCUCUUUCUCCACCCCUAUCAUUCAGAAAGUGAAGGAAGAAAUUUGAGUUGUGCAAUAACUUAGAAGUUUAUUUCGGUAGCAUGGGUGCCUUUCUGAAUGUGGAAAGAGAAAGAAUGUGUGCAGCUUUCCUCUGAAAAAUCUGUAUCAAAGAUCCCCCCCCCCCCAAGAAGUGUGCAAAGUUGCUCUAAA